AUGACUUGGGCUGGUGUCAAUAAAAAACAUUAUAUGAGUGAGCUUGAUGUGAAUAAUAGAGUUCCAAAUCCGAAAUAUAUGGAACAUUAUGAGUUUGAACUUGAAGUAUUAGCUGUGAAUGAAACCCAGGGAUUAAAAGAAAUUGUGAAAACAAUAAUCGUUUGGGCUGGACUUACAUAUGGGUUUGAACAAGAUUUGUUACAAUUCGCGUUUGACUUAGCUUGUAAAACUACCGAUAUACCUAUUUCCAAUACCAAAUAG